AUGGCAGAAUUAAGAAAUUUGCUCAUCUCGCAAGUUGAAACAAUCGACUCGAUAAAGCGAGUUCUCGUUAACUUCAAGAAAUUAGCGAAAGCUAAUGUUACAUUAGCAAAGACGCAGGGGCGUCUUGCAACGCUGGAAACGCUUUGGACUUCCUGUCGAGGGCUACACGUCAAGCUGCUGCAAGCCACAACUUCGGAGGAGCAGAAGACUGUCUCGUAUUUCCUGAAUGGAGACUUCCUGAGCGCCGAGGAGAUCUACCACGACACGGCCGACCUCCUUCGCGAUACGAUAAGUCGAUUCUCAAUUAAUCAAUCUCCGUUGUUAGAACACAGUACUGAUUCUUCAAUUCGCGAGGGCAUUCAUAAUCACAAUUUUCAGUUGCCACGGAUCUCACUUCCGAAGUUUUCGGGCAAGUUCUCCGAAUGGGAGAGUUUUAAAAAUACUUUCGAGUCUCUUGUCGCGAGUAAUGAUUCUCUCUCGAACACGCAGAAAUUUCAUUACCUCAAAACGAGCGUCAUCAGUGACGCUGCCUCGAUUAUUAGUAAUUUAAAGAUUUCCGACGCUAAUUAUGAGUCCGUCUGGCAGUUGUUGAUUGACGAGUAUGAUGAUCAACUUACGUUGAUCCAUACUCACAUUCACGCCUUCAUGUGCCUACCGACAAUGAAGGCGGAAAACGUCGCGGAAAUGCGAAAGUUGAGAGAUACCGUGUCCGCAUCUCUAGCGGCUCUCACUAAUCUAAAGCGGCCGGUACGCGAGUGGGAUGACAUUCUCGUCUACGUCAUCUCUCAAAAAUUUAGUUCGAAAACAAGGAGCGAAUGGAAUUUAAAAAUUUCGUCAAGUCGCGAGCUUCCUUCGUACAAGGAUAUUCAUGAAUUCCUCACGCUUCGAAUACGAGGUCUGUCGGACUUCUCCGACAAUCCUAAAGUAAUCGUCAAUUCUAAGAGUGACAAAACGCAGUCCUCCGUUCAUAAUCUUUCCGCGAUUAAGUGCAUUUGCUGUUCCGGCAGUCAUUCGGUAAUGAAGUGCGAGGAAUUUCGUCGGAAAAACGCGACAUAG